UUGUGAGAAAGAACCUCACUAUAACAGCCGCCAUGUUUCCGAUCCCCAUGCAGUGAAAGUGUCAAUGAGAUGUUUAGUUUUAUAAGUGUUACGUUUUUAAUAGUUUCAACGUUUUAACCGUUUUAAACGCGAAAUGGCCACCGAGAACGAUCUUAGUUUCGGCAAUGAAAGUGUUUCGCCGGAGGAAUCCGCAUCUAAUAAGUCUUUCGUUAAGAAAGUAACAUCGCGAGUUUCGGGCUUUUUACCAUCAUCUCUAAGCAAGUGGUUUGCCGGUACAGAAUCUACAGUAGUAAGACCACGCGAUGAAACGGACGAUGACGACGAAACCCUCCGCAUUCAACCACCUACGAAAAAAGCGAAAACCAACGAGCCAGCUAUGUCUUCAAUGGCAACGUCUCUUUACAAAAACAACCAUCGCAACGCCCGACAUUUAUUCGUAGCGCCUAGAGCUGAAAUCGAUCGCACUAAGAACAACAAUAACAAUAAUAAUGCGAAUUGCAUAAAGUUUCCCGAACCCGUUGCCGGUCCUUCAGGGUAUUCCAUGGCUAAGACGAAUACACCGACGGCGACUAAAGCCUCCUUGAACAUGAGUACAAUAAAAACAACUUCUGGCGAGGUGCGGAACUAUGACUAUAAUUCGGAUAGUGGCGAGUCUACUAGUGGAUAUUCGUCUAUGAGGGUGGGUAGUAAGGAAAUGGUUGCUGAGAGCAGUGAAUAUGUUAAGAAGAAAACUAUGAUAUCACCAGAAAAGUGUAAAACGUUAUUUAAUACACCAUCAAAAUCAGAUAGAUCACUAUUUGGUGAUCGAACAAUCAGCCCAGAUAUGAAUACAUCUUUAAGUACGAGACAACCGACUUUUAAUAGUACCGCGUUUGCCGGUACAGCGAAUUUCGUCGAUCGCACACUUUCUAGCAAGCGGAUUUUGGAUUCGCCAUUUUAUAGCGGACGCACAACUUACGGAGGAGCCUCAGCGUAUGGACGGCGGAUGGCCGAUAGAUCUCACGAUAGUAGCAGUGCAAUAGUUAGAAACAGCAUUCAAAUUAAACCGGUUAAUGAGAAAAAAUCGGAAAGUACAUCUCUUAGUAAAACCGCUAAAAGGAUAUUAGACACUCUAGAACAGUACACGGCGCCGGCAGAAGAUGCGAAAAAAAUACCAAAUCCGCCGAAAAAUCCUGCGAGGUAUACGAAUAUGAAUCAUCCUUACGCGAUUCGAGAAACAAAGGUCCCGUCCAAUAGAGAAUUGCAAGUUCCUACAGUUCCUGACUUACUAAAAAUGAAACUAAAGGAAAAAAUGCAAAACACUACGGUAUCAGUUAGGAAAAUAGCUAAUUCAUCAAAGUGUUCAUUAAACACUGAAGAAUAUAAAAUUGUGACAUUAGACGAGGAUAAUACCUCGAAACAUAUGAAUAAAAUGAAAAACAAAAUUAGUUCCGUACGAGAAUCGAAACCGGAAUUAAAUGAAACGGUUAAAGAAGUAAAGUUACCCGAUGUAAAAUUACCUAUUACAACUUUACCAGUCUUUAAUUUUUCAAUUCCCGCACCACCAUCUGCUUCUAGUAGCAAUAUUUCUAAACCUACUGAAACAAUUUCUUCCACUACUAUGACAGUAAAAACCACCAAGAAGAUUACUGAUAAAAGUAUAGAAAUUAAGAAAAUUGAAGAGGUUGUUAAAGAGACUGCAAAAAAGGACAAUAACAGAACGGAACAAAACACAUCGAAAAGUGAUAAAAAAGAAUUCAUUAAACAGACAGAAUAUGUAUUUUCCAAUCCUAGGAUAUUAUCAGAAAAAGAUGGUGAAUGCAAAGUGUGCUUGGUUAGAAAUAAAAGUGGAGAACCAAAAUGUAAUUCUUGUACAAUUCCUUUUACCACAACCAUAAAUGGUACAAACGAACACACACAAAAGUAUACUUACACAUUUGCUGAUCCUGUACCAGUUGAAGAUAAUAAUAAAACUACUUCUAAACCUAUGUUCAAAAGUGACUUAUCACAAUUUAAAAUGAGUGUAGAUAAAUGGGAAUGUGGAACCUGUUUGGUACGAAAUAAUAAUAGUGAAAAUACAUGCAUAGCCUGUGCAACACCAAAAGUUACAAAUGGUUCCAUUAUAUCUUCAACUCCAGCAACAAAAGCUUUACCAAAAAUUACUUUUGGUCAAUUCCAACCGCCUUCAGGUACUUGGGAAUGUUCAGUGUGUAUGAUACGCAAUAAAAAUGAUCGUAAAACAUGUGAAGCAUGUACUUCGCCAAAGCCAGUACCUAAACAAGAAAAUGGUAUCCAAGGAAGUCAUGACACAAAAUCUGUUGAUAAAUUUAAAUUACCUAUAGAACCACCUAAAUAUCCAGGACUUAAUAACUCCGUAUUUAAAUCAGAUUUAUUGGAAAAGUUUAAACCAGCUAGUGAUACUUGGGAAUGUUCAGUGUGUAUGGUACGUAAUAAAAAUGCAGUAUCAUCCUGUGUUGCUUGUACCACGCCUAAAAAAGAAAACGGUUUUGGCGAUCAAUUUAAGAAGAAAGAUGAUCAAUGGGAGUGUGGUAGCUGUAUGGUAAGAAAUUCUGCUGAAAAAUUGAAAUGCAUUUGUUGCGAUGCUCCAAAACCAGGUUCGAAUUCGUUAAAGAAUGUUCCAAAAGAGACAACGUCGGCGGCCAGUUUUAAUUUUGGAAUUGUAAAUAAUGAAGCAGUAGGAAAAAUGUUUACCUUCAAUAAACCAUUUGAAAAUACACAACCUAAACCUCCAUCACUGACUGGUUCUAUUUUCGGGCAACAAUCUGAAUCAAAAACAGAAACACCGAAAUUUAUUUUUGGUAUAAACCCAACAGAAACAAAAAAAGAAGUUAUUGAACCUUCAAAUAAAGUUGAAAAAUCUGAAGAAAAAGUAGUUACUUUAACGGAAGUAAUCAAACCAAUCGUGACAUCUCCCGAAAUUACUACAAAAUCGGCACCAAUUAUAAAACCAACAUUAAAUGGUGAUAUGAACAAAACUCCACUUUUAUUCGGAAAUGUUUCGAAACCUGCUGAAACUAAACCGACGUUUUCAUUUGGGAUAUCUCCAAAACCAACUGAAACGACAGAAUCGAAAUCAAAUCUACCAGUGGUGUCACAACCAUUUGUAUUUGGUAACGUAACAUCAACACCAUCUACAAGUUUAAUAAAUUUAUCUUCAUCCAUGCCAUCAAUCAUGUCAACAGCAUCUACUUCUGCAAUAGCGACCCCGACACCGCAUUUUGUAUUUGAAAAAUCAGCUGAGAAAUCAACGUUUCGAAUACAACAAACUGAUAAGCCAUCAUUUCUUUCUGUUGACUCACCUGGAAAACCGACGUUUGGUGUAACACAGCCAGUAGAGAAACCAACGUUUGGUGCAACACAACCAGUAGAGAAACCAACUUUUGGCGCAACACAACCAAUAGAGAAACCAACGUUUGGCGCAACACAACCAGUAGAGAAACCAACGUUUGGUACACCAUCAACAGAAAAAUUAACGUUUGGAGUACCACAAACAACCGGAAAACCACCUGUAUUUGGUAUGCAGACGGGAAAUCCAAACUUUGGCGUACAAUCAGCUGGAAAACCAACGUUUGGUGUGCAGCCAACCGAAAAACCGGGUUUGUUUGGGAACGCUUCAAUUAAAGCUACAACUGGAUCAACUAAAUUUGGAUCAUCUGGGGUUACCCCCCAAUCGGGGAUAGGCGGCUUUAAUUUCGGAAGUACACCCGUUAAUCAGACAGCACCGGCUCAAAAUGGAACUUUUUCGUUUGGAAAACCUGCAGCUAAUACGUCGACAACGACGUUUAAUUUCGGGAGUCAACAGAAACCAUUGCCGGGUGUUUUUAAUUUUGGAAGUACUCCAUCUACUUCAACGGCACCGUCAACUUCCGGUGGUUUCAACUUUUCUGCAGCUCCAGAAUUCCAACCAAACUUCAAUUUUACAACUGGAGCCCCACCAUCGGCAUUCAAUUCUCCAUCUACCGGUGGAAAUUCAGUUCAAGAAAGACGCGUAAUUAGACGAGCACUAAGAAGGACGCAGCGAUAGUUGAUCCAUGGAAACCAUUAAAAGUGCAUUGUCUUAUCGCUCCUAUUAUUAAUGUACUAUAAUGUACCGUAAGAGAUUUCUGCUGUUGGUGCAACAAGUAGCCUUAUUUACUCACUAGUGUACUAAUAUUACUCCUCUCUCUCCCAUUAUUUUUUUAUCGCAGAAAACACGUCAAAUUCCGUUUCGUUUUCGUUUGUUCCCCCUUUCUGCGCAAAAAAAUGGGAAAAAUUAAAAAUAUUUAAAUAAAUAAUAGUAAGUAAAAUGAAAUGUGGAUACGUUGAGAGUGAGUAUAAUAUACACACAUACACGUUCGUCCGACUGUGAGUAUUUGUGGCCGCAGCACUCGCCGUUUCGACCUGAUGACCUGUAAUAUAAUGUUGACCACUGUUUUAGAAUUUAUAUUUAUAAUACGAGUAAUGCAGAGUGCGUGCCCAGGCCUAAUAAACAAAAAGUGUUAUUUAAAAAAUGUUCACCGUCGUGUCGGUCGGCAGAAAAAAAAAUGGAGAAAAACGUCGCCCUCUAUCCCUAUCGAUUAAUAACUUUAUAAAAUCGUCGAAGGGGGGCGUCGUUCCUACAAUUAUUUAAUUUUAAGUGUAGGUAAUAAAAAUAAAAACUAAAGAAGGUCUGAUCCAUGGAAUGUAGAAUUUUUUUACUGAACGAUGAAUGCUGUGCGACCCAACGUAAACGUAUAGUUUAAAAAAUAAAAAAAACGUUGGGACGUUCGAGAUGAGAGGAACCCAAUGAAUGCAUAAAUGUAACGUUUGUAAUUGCGACUGCCUAUUUGGCUAUCUUCACUGUGAUAUUCUUAUGGGUCAGGCCCCCUCCCAAGUUGUAUAUAAAUGUAUAAUAAGUUUACUGGUUAACACAGGCAAAACUGAUGUUACAGAUUACACAGUACAUACUUUUUUAUCCAUUAUAAUUUUCACUCUUUCUUUUAAUUAUACCGGUUAUUUAAAUUCUAGAUAUUAUAAAAAAACGUUCUAUUCCUGGUAAAAUGUAAUUAUAAUUAAGCAUAUACUUACAGGGCGAUUUACCAUGAAAUCUCGCAAUUGGAGGUAUUGGACACCAAAAUAUUACAUUUUAACACACCUUAAAAAGUUUAGGAUAUGGAGACGUUCGAAAAUUUGAUUAUUUUUUAGAAAUGAUGAUUUCCUUUUUUACGCUUCAAUCAAGCAAUUAGUUUUUGAAAUAAAAUAAAAAAGAAAAGUAAAAUAAAAAAUUGUCGUUUGUUAUGAUAUGCAUUAUAAUAUAAUAUGUAUAAACGGAAAUAUCUCGAAUUACAUAGUUAACCGUUUUUACAUUGCAGUUUUAAUUAUUUCACAUCCAAAUGAUGUUAAUAUAAUGGAUUGAAAAGAUACCUGUAGUUUCUUCUCCUUGCAUUCUAGGCUGAAGCGUAAAUCCUAGGCCUUUUCCGACUCCUAUGUUUUCAAUUAAAAAAUUUGAUGGGGUAGCGCACCAUAACACUUUAUAAACAAUGAUAUUUAUCAUGUUAAGUUAUUUACAUGGAUAUGUUUAGAGGUGGGACACCUCGUAUGUGUACCCAACGUUUUUGUUAAAUGGCGUAUUUUGUGGUUUAGUACACCUCCAAUUGUUGGGAAAUGCCAUUUCUUACUCAUUUUGUGUUAUAAGUUCUCAUUCUUAAAUUUGCCACGCAAGAACAGUCAUUUCAGAAAAGUAGAAUAAACUGAUUUAACAUUUUUAAAUUAAUUAUUUGAAAGCUUGUUAAAGAUUUUGUCUGUGUCCAGUGAUACUUUUCUUUUAUUCUUUUUUAAGUAGGCUCACUCCUUAUGUUUUUAGGGAAUAAAACAACCCAAGAGAAAAAAGAAAAUAAUGUAAAUAAUUGUACACGGUUGGGAAUAAGUGUAAUUACAUUAAUUACCGCUUAUUUUUUUACUUGUAUCGUCCAAAAUACCCCGCAAUUUUUUUUGUAAUUGUCAAUAUGUUGUGCCAGUUGUUCCUUCAAAUGGAAAGGAGUUAGACUGCUUGUUUAAUUAAUGUAUAUAUAGUUUAUUUACUACUAAAAAAGUAACUCAAUCAACGCUAAAGAAUUCCAUCGCGUUUGAGUGAAAAUUAAUAUAAAAUUAACGAGAAAAAAUAAUUUUUUGUGUGUUAGUGACUGAUGGUGACUCGAUGGAAUUUCAGGCGAUAAACAUUAAUAAUUUAUGUUUUGUCAGUAAUAGAAUGGAUUUUUAGAAUUGGCCUAGUCUAUAUACGCGCCUUAUUAUGUAUGAUAUAAAAAACAACAUGCAAUUUUUUUUUCAAAUCAACCAUUCCUCCUUUUCUUUUAUCAAAUAAAAAUGGCGUAUUUCUGUACAUACUUUUUUCUGAUUGCCCAUAUACAUUUUUCUUUUUGUUAAUUUUGUUAUGGUUAAGUUAAUAAAAGUAAAUUAGUGCGUAAAAA